UCCGGUCAAAAGACCUUGACGAAGGAGUUUUCCUUUCGUUUUACACUUCCGGUAGGUGGCGCUAUAAAAGAUGCGACCGCUGAUGUUAUCGGCAUCAGUAUUCGUACAGCGCUUCUAUCAACACAUUCUACAAAAUCAAUCAAAAUGAAGUUCUUCAUCGCAAUCAUGGCUGUGGCGUUGGUCGCUGUGUCCGAGGCGUCCUACCUCUCAUACGAUGAUGAUCUGUCCUACCAGAGCUAUGGCUAUGGACUUCCCCUGUCGAAGGUGGUCGUCGGAUCUUCGUACGGUCUGCCAGCAGCUGUGGACAAGUACGCCUACCCAUCGUUGUACAGUUCCUAUCCGACAGUGAAGAAGGUGGUCGAAUACCCAUCGGUUGCUCCGGUAUUGGCCACCAAGCUCGUUGAUAAUAGCUACGGACUGGGAUACAACAAGCUGGUCGCCCCGGUAGUCGCCACCAAGGUCGUUGAUAACAGCUACGGACUGGGAUACAACAAGCUGGUUGCUCCGGUCCUUGCCAGCGGAUACGGUCUCGGAUACAACAAGCUGGUCGCCCCGGUUGUCGCCACCAAAGUCGUCGAUAAUGGACUGUUGAACUAUGGCGGCUAUGGACUGGGAUACAACAAGUAUCUUCAUUCUGCUCCAGUUGCCAAAUAUGUUUUCUAA